AUGUUCUUUGAUAGUCCUCCUCGUGAUAACACCAACGACAGCAAUAACAAACACCCACAUCAUCAACUCAAAAGUUCAAAUACCUUCUUUGAUGAAAAAUUCUCGAAAGACUUGUUUGCUUCCUUCGCCGAUAUGAAAACACCAGCCUCUGCCAACAUGAGUGAUGAGAAAUUUGAUAAUUUCAAUGAUCCCAUGAUGAUGUGUUCAACUCCAACUCCGACUUCUACGUCAUCGUCCAAUUCCAAUUCUUCGAGUACCUUCUUUAGUGCCAUUCUUGAUCAACAUGAAACGACAUUGGAUACCAAUCCUUUCACGGCAGACCAUGAUAUGAAUCCUUUCCACACUUUUUCUAAUCAUGCACAAGCAAAUAACAACACCACGACACAAAAUAAUUCGAAAACCUCUGAUGAGCCUUCAUUUGCGACAAGAAUGAGAGAAAGCAUGGGAAAAAAACAAAUCACAGAACAGCUGGAAAAGAAAAUCAUUCAUGAUGUGGAAAAACCAAAGAAUAAGGUUGAAAAGAAAAAACGACCAAAGAAAUUUAAACCAACAAAUUUGCUGUUACAGCAAAAAGAAACAGAUUCGCAAACGAUGAAACCCCCAGCAACUAGACAAGCAGACGAUUCUGGAACAUACUCACAAGUGAAUUAUGAAAUUACUUCAUCAGGAGCUUUCAUGAUCGAUGACGUUCGUAUUACAGAGGAAGGUAUCACUAAUAUGCCACCUUCUCUUUGUACACAAACUCAAUCACCCUUCAAACCUCAAUUACUUCACGUAGCAUCUCCUACACGAACUAAAACUCGAUUCAUGAAUGAUCCAGGUUCUGAAAAUAUUAUCACCUUCAAGAAAAAGAAACAAGAAAAGAAGGUGGCUCCAGUCUCCUUCCAAAAUCUACAAUCUCUUAAAAAACUAGGAGAAGGAGCUAGCGGAGUUGUAGACCUUGUUGUUGACACUACUACUGGAAAACAAUAUGCAAGAAAAAUUGUAAAAUUAGCAAAAGAUAUUCAACCAAAAUUAAUUUUAUCAGAAAUAACAGCUCUGUAUAACUGUGUAGAAUGUCCUAAUAUCCUUAGAUUCUACAAUGCCUACUUUGUAGAUAGUAAGAUUCACAUGUUAUUAGAAUAUAUGGACGGAAAUUCUUUAGAGUCUCUGGCAACUGUGAAAGUACCAGAAAAUAUUUUAGAAUUGAUUACAUGCCAAAUUUUGAAAGGUUUAUAUUUUCUUCAUUUCAAGAGAAGAAUUGUACAUAGAGAUUUGAAACCUGCUAAUAUUCUUUUUAAAUUAAACGGAGAAGUGAAAAUAAGUGACAUGGGCUUGACAGGAAUUUUCUCCAAAUCACAAACUCAAAAAACAGCUGCAGGAAAAUAUGGAAUUAGUAACAACCACGUUUUCAAUACAUGCCAAGGUACAAUUGUUUACAUGUCACCAGAAAGAAUUGAAGAAAAAGAACACUCAUACAAUAGUGAUAUUUGGUCAUUAGGUAUCACUUUGGUUGAACUGGCUCUAGGAUAUUUUCCUUUCAAAGUGGGCACCUAUUUUGAUGCUUUAGAGGACAUCAAAAAUGUAGAAAAUCAAAACCCGCUUGCUGGCAAGGGAUUUUCUGAAGUAUUUCAAGAUUUUAUCUAUCACUGUUUACGAGUGAACCCAGAUGAGAGAUAUUCCAGUAGAGAUUUGUUGUGUCAUCAAUUUGUUUAUCGCCAUUUGAAAGAGACAGAAGAGGAAAUUUGUGCACAAAUUGCCAAGUAUAUUCAACAAGUACAAACCCAGAAAUUGAGCAUGAGUUCAAACGAAGAAAAGUAA